AUGGGGAUUACAGUCAUGGUGGUGGUGGUGGUGGAGGAGGGAGGAGGAGGACAUGGUGGAGGAGGAGGAGGACACGGAGGCUAUGGUGGAUCAGGAGGAGGAGGACAUGGUGGAGGAGGAGGCGGCGGACAUGGUGGUUCUGGUGGCGGAGGUUAUAGUGUUACUGAAGGAGGAGGUCAUGGAGGUGGCUCUGGAGGUGGAGGACACGGAGGUGAUGGUCAUGGGGGUGGCUCUGGAGGUGGAGGACACGGAGCUGGUGGUCAUGGAGGAGGUUCUGGAGGCGGUGGCCAUGGUGGUGGCUCUGGAGGCGGAGGACACGGAGGUGGUGGCUACGGUAGCGGAUAUGGUGGACACGGUGGUCACAGUGGUUCUGGAGGUCAUGGCGACAGCAGCGGUUACACGGAUGGCCAUGGAGACGGUGGUUACGGUGGUUACGGUGGCGGUGGUUUUGGCUACGGUGGUUAUGGGAAUAGUUAUCACAAAAGUUUUCUUACGUCUCAGGUGAUAGUAAUUCUCGUCAUAGCGAUGAUUCAUCGAUCGAAAGCAGUCGUGAUCCCUGUCGACGAAGACGAAGCUGAGACUCAUAACGAACCACAAGUUUCCUUCGCGAGUUCUUACAUACAUUUUCACGGACCAGUCGAAGGUCCGGAAUACGAAGUGAAAGUACCGUACGUUGUUCUCAAGAAUCAGCACAAUCACUUUUCUCACGGUCAAGAUCGUCAUCUUCAAGAUCAUGAAUACGCUCUCGACUAUAUCGCGAAUCCCAAGUACCAGUUCGCUUAUGGUGUCGAGGAUCAUCAUACUGGUGAUUUUCAUGGACAAAAGGAAUCAAGAAAUGGUCAUAGUGUAUCUGGCGAGUACAGUGUAAAGGAACCCGGAGGUGCCCUAAGGGUUGUUAGUUAUCACGCUGACAAGGACGGAUUCCACGCUGUAGUUCAUACUUCCGGUAAGAACGAUCACGCUUCAACCAGUCUCUAUUCUCAGCAAGAUCACGUCCAACUUCAAAUUCAAGAUCACGAUCACGAACAAGAUCAAGGGCUUGAUACUCACGAAGAAAAUCAUUCGCUUCGUAACUACGAGACUUCAUACUCGGUUAGCGAAAUUUAUUAACGUUUUCCUUCAAUCGA